AUGGACAACAAAGCGCUUCAUUUCAAUCCUCGUUUCGACGCAGGCGGCGGUUGGUUUUCUGGUCCGCCAGACCGGCAACUGGUGGUUAACACAUACAUUAAUAAUCAGUGGGGUCCGGAAGAGCGAUUCCCGAAUCCUCUCGAGUUAGGAAAGCCAUUCCAAAUACGAAUACUUGUACUCGAAAACUAUUUCAAGAUCGCUGUCAAUGGAAAACAUAUUUGUGAUUUCCCUCAUCGGGUACCUGUUACUGAUGUGAAGACAAUAUUUAUCGGUGGAAAUGUUCGUGUGGACUUUAUAGAAUUCCAACCUCCGGGCCACAAUGGAUAG